AUGAUGUAUAAUUCCAUCUGCUGGAAACAAGAACAAAGCCAUGUGGAAAAUUGUGAACAACAGAUAGGUGAUGUCACUACCAUAAAUGACAAUAUUAUGCUUUGUCAAGAUGGAGAGAAAAUAACAGAGCCAAGAAAAGUAUCAAAUACCUUCAACAGCUAUUUUGCAAACAUAAGUGGACAACUAAUCAGUAAGAUUACUCCAAGGAACCAAAAUACAACAGAAUCACCACUUAAGAUCAACAGCUCAGCUACGUCAUUCUAUCUGUACAAGAGCAACAGUUCAGCUACCUCACUCUAUAUGUACCCAAUGAAUGAAGAAGAAGAGAUCAUGGCCAUCAUAAAAACCUUACAAAUGAAACAGUCAUCAGGUGUAGAUGGUGUAUGGGCUAAAAUAAUAAAAAUAUGUAAUGAAAAAAUUGUAAAAUCACUAAGAUAUUCAGAAAGUUUUCCAUUUAUGGAAAAAUAUCAAAUCCUAUCCACAGCAGAACACAGUUUCAGGAAGAACCACUCAAUCAACAGUGCUAUCUAUGAAUUCCUAAGUGAAAUUUACCAGAAGGUGAACAGUGGCAAUUAUAUCACUGGUGUAUGCCAUGACUUGUCAAAAGCAUUUGAUAUUAUAAAUCAUGAAGAACUCGUACAGAAAUUAAAUCAACUAGGCAUCAGAGACACACGUAAUGACUGA